GUAGACCUUGUCAAGACCAGCUUCUUGUGUAGAGUGCCGUAUCCGGACCCGGAUGCCCCGGCCUCGAAGAUUCCCUCCCUCAUUAUGCCUGACGAUGUCAUGUACAAGAUCCCAGAGGUCAAAUUGUACCUGCUGAAACAGAACAUAGGUGAACCUUCUGUAGAGCCUCCAGCAAAGAAGAUAAAGAUGGAGAAGUCUGAGGGGGAGAAGCAGCCUGAUGAGAAGGAGUACUGGCGUGUCAACAUCGACCGCUUCCACCAGCACCUCAGAGACCAGCUGGUAGUGCAGGCCGUGUCCAAGCGAAUGGGUGCAAAGGCUGGUGAGGUUGUGCGCACCAUGUUGAGACUGUCGGAGACACGAUCUCACCCAAAGGAUGCUUUCAGUGCUCCUGUCAGUCGCAGCGAGAUUUACCAGUCCCUCCAACAACAGAUUAAAAUCUCCCAAAAGGAGCUGGAUUCCUAUCUGAGCCUUCUUGCAGAUGAUGCCCUGGGCCUAGUGAGACGAACGGAUGAGCGAGGUGGCAUGUUUAGUGUCAACCUAGAACGCACGCUGCGUCUCCUCGCUGAGGGUGUCCUAGCAUCCAUAGUGCAGGAUCGCUUUGGAGCUAAGAGUUGCCGCAUAUUUAGGCUGCUGCUUGAAAAGAAGUACCUCGAGCAGAAACAGAUAGAAGAACUCGCAAUGAUUACUGCUCGAGACGCCAAGGAAAUGACUUACAAAAUGUUCCAGGAGAAGUUUGUCUUGGCUCAGGAACUUCCCAGAACGCCAGACUAUGCCCCUUCCAGGAUGAUCUACUUGUUCCAUGUUGAUAUUCCACAGGUAUGGCUUGUUAAAUAUACAACCUUUGUCCGUAAAGUUUCGAGACUUAUUUUCUUCUCUAGAAAUGAUUCCCCAAAACAAAUGUUGGUGCGUAUGUGCAGCGCCAUCUUUUCGGGCUAACCUGAGCUAUUUGUGUUAAUUGUUGUGGCAGCCGCUAGAUGGCACUACAUGUAGAAAAAUACGUUGUCACUAGUCUGCGCAUUCUACUGUGAGUGAAUGUGGAGAGAUGGACGUCCACCUCGAACAGCGUGUAAACAUAAAAUUCUGUGUGAAGCUUGGCAAGACAGCCACACAGAUGUAUGGGCUCCUUCGUGACGCUUACGGCAACGACACAUUAUCGCGGGCGCGAGUUUUCGAGUGGUACAAGAGGUUCGUUUCAGGGAGAACGUCGGUGGAAGACGACACAAGGCAGGGGCGCCCUGCGACCUCACGGAAUGAAAACAACGUGGCUCGGAUCAGGGAGAUCGUACAGCAAGACCGCUCCAUUACAGUCCGCAUGCUAUCGAAU